AGGGAGGGCGGGGGCGCCCGGGGCGCGCAGCUAGCCGGCUGAGGAGCUGCGGCGGCCGCGGCGGACAACAUGGACAACGCCGGGAAGGAGCGUGAGGCGGUGCAGCUGAUGGCGGAGGCCGAGAAGCGAGUCAAGGCCUCCCACUCCUUCCUCCGAGGGCUGUUUGGUGGAAACACAAGAAUAGAAGAGGCAUGUGAAAUGUACACCAGAGCUGCAAAUAUGUUCAAGAUGGCUAAAAACUGGAGUGAGGCUAUCAACUGCUUAAAUGCAGCCAUCGACAUUUACACAGACAUGGGAAGGUUUACAAUCGCAGCCAAGCACCAUAUCACUAUUGCAGAGAUCUAUGAGACUGAACUUGUGGACAUUGAGAAGGCUAUUGCACAUUAUGAACAAUCUGCCGACUAUUACAAAGGAGAAGAAUCCAACAGCUCAGCUAACAAGUGUCUGCUGAAGGUGGCAGCGUACGCCGCCCAGCUCGAGCAGUACCAGAAAGCCAUCGAGAUCUAUGAGCAGGUUGGGGCAAACACAAUGGAUAAUCCUUUGUUGAAGUACAGUGCAAAGGAUUACUUCUUCAAAGCAGCCCUCUGUCACUUCAUAGUGGACGAGUUGAAUGCCAAGCUUGCUCUUGAGAAGUAUGAAGAAAUGUUUCCAGCAUUUACUGAUUCAAGAGAAUGUAAAUUAUUGAAAAAACUUCUAGAGGCCCAUGAAGAACAGAACAGUGAAGCUUACACUGAAGCAGUAAAGGAAUUUGACUCAAUAUCACGCUUGGAUCAGUGGCUAACCACCAUGUUGCUUCGCAUCAAAAAGUCUAUCCAAGGGGAUGGAGAAGGAGACGGAGACCUAAAAUGAAAUGUCUCUAUCUUUGUGGCAUGUGGCUAACUCCUCUUUAGUUUUGUCUUAGGACUAAGUGAUCUUUAUGGGAUGCCCAUUCAGUGGCUUAAUUUUGUUGCAUAUGAGCCAAGUGGCCCGUGUAUUGUUUAAGCUCACUGUGUCUGUGUUGCUGUGGAACGGAUGAAGGGGAGGCCUCUGUUCACCUGUGGUUGUGAUGGGCUGUCUUGUGCUUAUCAGAACCCCUAGCAUUUUCUGAGAAUUACUUCAGAAUCUCAUUCCUAUUACUCUGAUAUUUGCAGAGCCCAUGUUUAAUGUUGCCAUAUUUUUAUGUUCUUUUCCUUGGACUGGAGUACCCAACCCAGUUCUAAUAGAUGCUUUGCAUUUUCUCUAUACGUCGGCAUCUGGAUGUAUUCUUUAAAUGCGUGUGUUUACUUUUAGGACAAUUAUUAGGAAUGAGUUUAUAACUUCAUUAGAAAUCAUUUAUAUUUUUGUUUUCCUGUGAUUAUUUUGAUGGUAUUAGUGACAAG